UAGCAUUUGAAUAGUACGACUAUCGAAUAUUUAUAUACACAAUCAUUUAAAAGGAUAAAUUAGUUGAUAUAAUUAAAUUGAUAGCUAUAAUUAAGUUGAUAGCUAUGAUAUCUUUGAAACUACCGCUUCAAAACUUCUAACUCUGUAUGCAACUAUGACGUAAGUGAAACAUGUUUGCGCAUGCGUUCCUAUUAUUCCAGUCACUUAGCAACAUUGUUUCGUAAUGAAUCGAAUUGUUUGCAAUUUAGUACGAUUGUAUUAGACAAAUUUGGUAAAUUAUUUGUUAUAAGUUAGUAGUUACAUUGUGUUUGAAACUUCUGCUUCAAAACUUGUAACCCAUGGACCAACAGGAGGGAAGUUGGAGCAUUGAUAUUCAGCAGAGUCCUACGACAAGCAUCAAUGCAUCCCAUCUCAAUCGAAAGAGGAUGAAUCUUAUUGCUUUGGGCUUGUGUGUGUUGAUUUUACUCAUUUAUCACAGUGUGAAACAGGACUAUUUUGACGUCAUUAUACCAUCUUUUCUGAAAGGACCCCAAAGAGAAAUGAAUGUUUUGUCUGACACAGAACAGCCCACCAUGUUUUCUGGAGACCUAGAUGACCUGCCUGACCUGGUUGUUGACAGUAUUAUUGGGAGAGUCAUCACUGUAGAUGGUGUUCCAUACAUGUGGCGACCAAGGGCAUCUCAGGACAAUUGCUACAAGACCUGUAAAGAUGAAACACACAUUGAAUGUGAUCAUUACUUCUUUGACAAAGUUGGUCACAAGUGCUAUAUGUUUGGGAAGAAUUCUAGAAAGCCUGUCACAAGAUCAGACCUACCAGUGGAUCAACAACAAACACAGAAUAACGUUUAUACAGUGAAAAGAAUCAAAAGAGAAAUUAAUAUCCCAUCUGACACAGAACAGCCCAUCAUGUUUUCUGGAGACCUAGAUGACCUGCCUGACAACGUUAUUGCCAGUAUUUCCAGGAGAGUCGUCACUGUAGAUGGUGUUCCAUACAUGUGGCGACCGAGGGGAUCUCAGGACAAUUGCUUCAAGACCUGUAAAGAUGAAACACGCAUUGACUGUGUCCGUUACUUAUUUGACAAAGUUAGUCAGAAGUGCUAUAUGUUUGGGAAGAAUUCUAAAAAAUCCGUAAGCUUCAAUUCGUUGUAUCAGAGAGAGAAGCUACCGGAAAUGUUUUUCGGGGGUCUCAAGGAUCUACCCCAGAGAGUGCGGGACAGUCUGGCAGGAACCGUGGUGUCGUUUGGAGGGCUUUCUCACAUCUGGUUGUCCAGAGUUGACCAGGAAGGAUGCUACUCGGCCUGUAAAGAUGAGAAGCUGAUUGUGUGUGUUCAGUACUUCUUUGAUACAAGUGGGCACAGGUGUUUCCUCAUGGGAAAGAUAAGUGCAAAAAAGGAUACCUUUCGUCAAAUAAAAAUCGAACCCAAACCCUUUUUGGGAAAACUGGAAGACAUACCUCCAAGAAUUAUGGAAAGUGCAUCAGGAAUGGUGAUAACCUUUGGAGGUAUCGUUCACCUUUGGCGGCCUAGGGCUUCCAAUGAAGACUGCUACAAUGCGUGUAAAAAUGAAGAACUUAUUAAUUGUGUGAGCUAUUACUUUGACGGACUCACUCUCAAGUGUAUUAUGAUGGAGAAGAGUUACACUAAACUGGAGAACCUUGCUUCGCUGGAGAUACGAGAAAAGCCUCCAUGGCUGUUUACAGGGAAACUGAAGGAUAUACCAGAAAACGUUUUGACUAUGGCCACCGGGAGAGUAAUAAGCAUUAAUGGUAUUCCCUACAGCUGGCGAAGACGAAAUUCACGGAAAGGUUGCUAUACGGUGUGUAAGGAAGAAAUCCGUUUUACUUGUAUGCGCUACUUGUUCCAUGCAGAUGACCACAAGUGUGUCAUCAUGGGAAAGAGUUAUGAAAGUAUAGAAAAGGAUACCUUUCAUCAGAUAAAUAUCGAACCCAAACCCUUUUUGGGAAAACUGGAAGACAUACCACCAAGAAUUAUGGAAAGUGUGUCAGGAAUGGAGAUAACCACUGGAGAAAAGGAUACCUUUCAUCAAAUAAAUAUCGAACCCAAACCCUUUUUGGGAAAACUGGAAGACAUACCACCAAGAAUUAUGGAAAGUGUGUCAGGAAUGGAGAUAACCACUGGAGGUAUCACUUACAUUUGGCGGCCUAGGGCUUCCAAGGAAGACUGCUACAAUGCGUGUAGAAAUGAAGAACUUGUUAAUUGUGUGAGGUAUUACUUUGACGGACUCAGUCUCAAGUGUAUUAUGAUGGAGAAGAGUUACACUAAACUGGAGAACCUUGCUUCGCUGAAGAUACGAGAAAAGCCUCCAUGGCUUUUUACAGGGAAACUGAAGGAUAUACCAGAAAAAGUUUUGACUAUCAACACCGGGAAUGUAAUAACCAUUAAUGAUAUUCCCUACAGCUGGCGAAGACUAAAUUCAAGGAAAGGUUGCUAUUCAGUGUGUAUGGAAGAAACACGUUUUACUUGUAUGCGCUACUUGUUCCAUACAGAUAAGUGUGUCAUCAUGGGAAAGAAUUAUGAAAGUAUAGAACCAGUUAUAGUGCCCAGUCAUUCGGUGAAUCAGGUGGAUCAACUUAAACGAAUGAUCCAGAAAGUUGCAAGUGAUGUUGAUUCUGUGGAAACUCUGCGCUCUCACAAGGAAUCACAGGACAAUAUUGUUCACGAUCUGGGAAUAAAGGAAAUUGGUACCAAACGGCGCAUUGAACUGCUAGCACAUACAAUUAAAAAAUUCAAAAAUAUAAAUCCACGUUUAAUAAAAGAGGUAUCUCUUAUGGACAAAAAGCAGGAAGCAUUAGGUAACAAGGUUAAAAACCUAGCUGAGUACCAGAAAGAGAUUGCCGGGGCAGUGGCAAGCGUGGCUGAUAAGGUCUCCGGUAUUGAUAAAAACGUACAGUCAGCCAAGGAGUCGAGUGAAAAGAUGUCUAAGAUGUUGACAGGGGAAGAAUUUGCUAAUCCUGCUUUUGAAAGGGAGAUCACUACAAUGCGAAGACAACUGAUGGAUUUGAAAUCCAAAAUUGAGAUCAACCCUACUCUGAUAAAGAUGCGGAAAAACCAGCAAGUCCUGGGUCAGGCUCUUGAAGCCAUAGAUCGCGAGAUCACCAUUAAUGAGAGACGACUGAGUCACAUUACUGACACCAACAACGAGUGGGGUGGGCGUCUUAUGGAGGAGGAAGAAAACCGUAAAGUUCUCAAUGAUGCCAUUCAGGCUCUCGCCAAAACACUGAAGGACGUCAGAAAUGAUGUCACGAGACUGCAAAAUCCACAGUCUGCGGAUAAUGCCGAGACGACAAGCCAGUUACGCACUAUGCGGUCUGACCUUGACAUGCUGAAAAAGUCCCACGUGAAGCUAAAACAGGAUUUGACCUACUCCAGGACAGACCUGUCACGGCUCGUGAAGGAUCUGAUGAGUGCGCAGGUUUCUUCUCAAGAAACCAAAUCUAGUGUUGUGGCCCUGGUGGAAGCCAACAAACGACUCAAGAUGGAUUACCAUGAUCAGGAGGCCGAUAUGCGUCAGAUGCUGAUGAAAAUCCAAGUGAUGGCUACUGUGUACAAAAAUGUUCUGAACUCUCUGCACAACCUUGAGAAGAAGCAGAUAAAAGUGAUGCAUCACCUCGGGAAGUUCGAGAACCAGAUGCAUCGCUUGUCGGCAGACGUUUUGAACAGCAGGAAGCAUCCACUCAUACAUAAUAUUCCGCUGAUCAAAUCAAUGAAGAAUUUCCAGUUGAAGCUGUUAAAACAGGUGGAGCAGCUGAAGCGAGACCUGUUUAAAAUUCGCAACUCUAAGAAACCAGCCCAACGAAUACAAGUGUCAUACAAAGCAAGGAGAAAAAGAGAAUUACUGAAGCAACAUUCAGCAUCACUAGAACACGGAACACAGUCACCGGUUCACCAUCAAGCAUCACUGGAACAUCUACAGAUACCAAACAUACAAAUGGCAUCUUCAGAACAUGAAAAAUCACCAGAUGUUAAAGUGGCAUCUUUAGAACAUAAAACUUCACCAGAUAUAAAAGUGGCAUCCUCAGAAUAUGAAAAACCACCAGAUAUAAAAGUGGUGUCCUCAGAAUAUGAAAAAUCACCACAUAUAAAAGUGGUGUCCUCAGAAUAUGAAAAACCACCACAUAUAAAAGUGGUGUCCUCAGAAUAUGAAAAAUCACCACAUAUAAAAGUGGUGUCAGAACAUGAACAAUCACCACAUAUAAAAGUGGUGUCAGAACAUGAACAAUCUCCACAUAUAAAAGUGGUGUCAGAACUAGUAAAAUCACCAUAUAUAAAAGUAGUGACCUCAGAACAUAAAAAAUCACCGGAUAUGAAAGUGAUGUCCUCGGAAUAUGAAAAAUCACCACAUAUAAAAGUGAUGUCCUCGGAAUAUGAAAAAUCACCACAUAUAAAAGUGGUGUCCUCAGAACAUGAAAAAUCACCACAUAUAAAAGUGGUGUCCUCGGAACAUAAAAAAUCACCACAUAUAAAAGUGGUAUCAUCAGAACAUGAAAAAUCACCACAUAUAAAAGUGGUGUCCUCAGAAUAUGAAAAAUCACCACAUAUAAAAGUGGUGUCCUCAGAACAUGAAAAAUCACCACAUAUAAAAGUGGUGUCCUCAGAACAUGAAAAAUCACCGGAUAUAAAAGUGGUGUCCUCAGAACAUAAAAAAUCACCACAUAUAAAAGUGGUGUCCUCAGAACAUAAAAAAUCAGCGGACAAACAACCAGCAUCUUCAGAACAUGGAACAUUUCCGGACGAAUAUUUGGGGUCUUUGGAACAUGAAGAUGAACAUUCACUGAAUAUAUACCCAGCAUCUUCAGAAGAUGAAAGAUCUGCUGAACACCAAACAUCAGUAGACAAACAAGCAACAGACAAAGAUAACACAUCAUCAGAGCACAGUCUGCAGCAACGCAGCUUUGAUUUUGACGAUGAUAUGGAAGCUGCCAUAGAUCGUCUUAGGGCCUUUAACCCUAAAAAUAAACUUCCCAUAUUGGAAGAUCCACAAGGGCAAGACUCAAGCCAGAUCAGUGGAAAAUAUUUGAAACGUUUUGGCCUUGUUAAUGCCAAGAAAGAAAUUUUGAGAAAUGACAAUCGUCUCAAAGAUGGCCAAAACAGAAAUGAUACAGGACAUCAUCCAGGUCCUACCAAGCAGAAACCAGCCACCAGUGUUGGGUAAAAAUAUUGAAGACCAACCCUCUUUGAGGUAGUACGAGGAGGGCCAUGCAUUGAGACUAUAGAUAUGGACACUGAACAUGGUGCACGUGGAAUUGUGAUGCUAUGUCCAUAUAGGAGGCCAUGUUGUCAAUACACCUCAGAUAUUGACAUAAUACAUGUGUGCUUGUGGUCUAUGUAUAUGUAUAUAUGAGAGGGAGGGAGGG